CACUGUACUGAGCGCAGAGGAACUAACUUACAGGCAGUUAACAAGUGACCCGGAACAAAUACCAGGACUCAAAUCACACCGAAACACAGAACGAACUGAUCGCCUUGACAAGCCCUGGACUAUAAUUAAAACUUACAGUGGUCUACAAGGUACACGAUACGUGUGUUUGUAACGGGCAAAGGAACACAUGACGAAUUCGGUGUGUGAUACAAGUUUGUGGAACACAAUUUUAUCCUCAGGACACUAUGUGGACACUGGUCAUGUUUACUGUACUCAGUGAUAUAGUACCACUCGUGUGGGUUGUACGUUAAAUCAUGGCACAGCGCGUCAUCCAGAACGUGGAGAAUGACUACCUCAUGUGCAGCAUCUGUCUUGGUCGUUAUGACGACCCACGUCUGCUGCCCUGUGGACAUACCUUUUGUAAGGAGUGUCUAUCUGGGCACAUCCAACAGACGGUUAUCGACAGAAACUCCCGCCACUUCACUUGUCCCAUCGAUAGGAACAUGGUCUCGCGACCGGCAAAUCGUGCGCCGAAGGAUUGGGCGGGUCUUUUCCCACCCGACACAUUCUUAUCAAGUUUACUAACCACUGUUCUGCAGCAUGAAGGAGGACAAGCGAAUGACAGAUCAGCUUCUACAAAAAAGAGCAUACGACCUUCAGGUAACGACAGACAAUUUCGUCACUCAAACGUUUCUAACGAUAGACCAUUUCAUCACUCAAACGCUUCUAGCGAUAGAUCAUUUCAUUCAAACGUCUCUGACGACAGUUCAUUCCCCAUUAACCACGCCGGACCAUCAUUCGACACUGGAGCAUCAUUCGGACAAAGUCAUAGGGGUGGAGGUCUAAUAUGUAUAGACCAUCCGAGUAGAGAACUUGAAUUUUUCUGCCUUGGCUGUAACUCUCUUGUUUGUGCGUAUUGUGCAGUCCGGGGUCACACAGGUCAAAGGUGCGAGUGCAUUUCUAUUGAAGACGCGACUCAAAGACUGAGGCCACGCAUGGAGGCAUUGAGGAGAAGGCUUCGAGGGCAAAUGUCGAGGGUGGAACAAUUGAGUCGAGGGGAGGCGCCGGCUGAUGGCGUGCUUGACGCUAGCCGAACAAGGGCUAUGGGAAAACUGGACGAAAUAGAAAACAAUCUAAGUAGAUUCGCUCAGUCAUGUUUGGAAAGUGUGGAAGAACUCCGACAACAAACAAGAGAGGCUGGUCGGGGUUUGGUGACGGAAAAUGCACAACUCUCUCGCCUCUUUGACAGCAUACAGGAAACGAAACUAACUUUCGAAAAUGUAGUUAGUUCUAACUCUGGAACAGAUUUGUUAAACUGGUUAUCUAGAAUGGAAAAGCAAGCAGAUGAUUAUGAUACUGCGAUCUCCUCUUCUUCCCAUACCAACACGCCAUCCGUAGCGGAAUUUGUAGCACACACGGUCUUCAGUAACUUCUUAAGAAAUCCUCCACCUGUCGGGUCAGUAAGGGUCAAGCAGGACGCUGGUGGACAAUCACAACGCAACCAGGGAUGCAGACUGCAGUAAUAUGAACGUCUGGACAAGUUGCAACGAAGAAGGACAUUUCUUAUGUGCUGUGCUUAAAAUAUUGGUGAUAAAGUGAUGCAGCAAUAUUAAUGGAAAUUUGUUUCCAACAAUGAUUUGACCAAAGAGUCUGUAUACAACUAAUGUUAUCCAGUUUUACGCAGGUACUGAGCAGGCGUUUUCCUCUUGUGGGGAAAGUGCGUUCUGAAAAGUACAUAGAAUGUCGAGGAGUUAUACUUCAGCAACCGUCACAUAGACUUCUUGUGUGUGGCAGCAAUUAAUGAGACGCAACUAGAGACCAAGCUGAUGACAAUGUCUGUAGAUUAAUUGUAUUUCGAUGUUCAAUUUAUCUCGUCGUGUUUAUGUCAUGAGAAAUAAAGGGAAUCUUUGAUCGCCUCACCAAGUA